AUGGCUACGAACCCUACAAUGGAGCUCGAUCCAAAGUACGACAACUACGACUUCCCCACAACCGCACCCACUCCACAGCCAGGCCACCCGGGCCACACGACAAAGGAGCAAGAUGCUGCCGUCUUCCAACUUCGCUCUCUGCUCGAGCAGGCUGGAUACACCACGAGACUAGACACCAUUCUCCUGCUGAGAUACCUGCGAGCUCGGAAGUUUGACGUGGAACUCGCCAAGCAGAUGUGGAUUGACAGCGAGAAGUGGCGAUCGGAGUUUGGAGGCGGUGUGGAUGAGAUGGUCAAGACUUUUGACUACACUGAGAAGCCUCAAGUCUUUGCGUACUACCCGCAAUUCUACCACAAGACGGACAAGGACGGUCGCCCGCUCUACGUUGAGAAGUUGGGCAAAAUCGACCUCACAAAGCUUCGGACCGUCACCACCGACGAGAGAAUGUUGCAGAACUUGGUUGUGGAAUACGAGAAACUCGCCGACCCACGUCUGCCAGCCUGCUCGCGUAAAUCCGGCUAUCUCCUCGAGACUUGCUGCACCAUCUUCGACGCCAAGGGUGUAGGUCUUAGCAACUUUGGUCAAGUCUCUGGCUACCUUCAGCGCGCCUCGGGCAUCAGCCAGAACCACUACCCGGAGCGACUCGGCAAGCUAUACAUCAUCAACGCGCCAUGGGGAUUCAGCAGCAUCUUCGCACUGGUGAAGCGCUUCUUGGACCCGGUCACCGUUGCCAAGAUCCACGUUCUGGGUAGCGGAUACCAAAAGGAACUGCUCUCCCAGGUGCCAAAGGAGAAUCUUCCCGUCGAGUUUGGAGGCGAGUGCAACUGCCCUGGAGGGUGUGAGCUGAGUGAUGACGGUCCAUGGAGGGAUCCUCAGUGGGCUAAGCCAGCCAAGUGGGAGCUUGAGAAGGAUGGCCAGAGCAUUCCUGCCACUGAGAGCCACAUCGGCGAGGGAACCCCAGCUGCUACUGGCACUACGACCGCUCCAGCUCCAGCACCUGCCGGAGAAACGGUCCCGGCACCACAGUAA